UCUCGUCCAGCCUGGCCUUGGCCACCUCCAAGGAGGGGACAUCUUUCCUAACACCCAACCCGCUCCAGCUGUCCCCUCCCCGCUCAGGUGUCCCCACAGCAGCUCUGCACAACCGCGGCGCUGCCACUUUAAGAGAGCGCCGGGACAGACGGACGGGACGGACAGGCGGACGCAUCCGGGUCAGAUGUGCCCCUAGGAACAGCACCGGCUGCGACGGGACGGGACCGGACGGGUUGGGUUGCUCGUGCCUGCUGGUCGGCCAGCUCCAGGGAUGCUGCUCGUCCUCCUCCUCCAGCGCUGCCUCCAGCUCCUCCUCCUGCCCAUCCACGCUCUGGCCUGCCUGGGCUUGUGGGACUCCUUCUACAAGAAAGUCUUCCCGUACGUGAUGGCCAAGGUGGCUCCUGCCUACAACCAGAAGGUCUACAGCCAGAAGCAGGAGCUCUUCAGCAGCUUGAGGAGAUUUGCAGGGCCCUCAGGCCAGCUCAGGUUGCUGGAGAUUGGCACAGGCACUGGCACCAACUUCCAGUUCUACCCUGCAGGCUGCCGCCUGACCUGCACCGACCCCAACCCCAACUUCAGAAUGUUCCUCCUCAGGAACCUCUCGGAGAAUCAGCACCUCAGGCUUGAACGUUUGGUGGUUGCUUCUGGUGAGGACCUGCACCAGGUGGCAGAUGGCAGCAUGGAUGUGGUGGUCUGCACCUUGGUGCUGUGCUCUGUGAGCAGCAUCAGGAGGGUCCUGGAGGAGGUGCUGCGGGUGCUCAGGCAGGGUGGAGCUUUCUACUUCUUGGAGCAUGUGGCUGCAGAUCACUGCAGCUGGACCUACUUUUGGCAACAGGUCUGUGACCCAUUCUGGAAGUACUUUGGAGAUGGCUGUUGCUUGAGCAGAGAGACAGAGGAGGAGCUGGAGAAAACCAAUUUCUCAGAGCUGAAUCUGAGGCACUUCCAUGUCCCACCUUGCUGGAUUCCCACCAGCCCUCACAUCAUUGGGUAUGCAGUGAAAUAAACGACCCUGAGCACCGUGGGACCUGGCAGCUCCCUUCAGUGCUCCCUUUGUGUUUGACAGAAGGUUUUGCCCCCUGCCCUUGCAGUCAGCCCCUCCACAGUGGCAGUGACAGAAUAAAAGUCUGGAGAACUUCCUGAGCAGCUGCAGCUCCUUCACUCCUCCAUUUGUUCACUGGGUUUCUGGAGAGAGCUCUGGAACAGAGGCAAAUGGCACAGAGGUCUGGACAACAAAGAAGGUUGGAAGGGACCCUCCAGGGUCACCUUGUCCAACCCUGCUGCAGUCAGCAGGGACACCUCCAACUAGAGCAGGUUGCUCUCCGUCAGGUUUGACCUUGAAUGUCUCCAGGGAUUGGGAACUCCACCACGUCUCUGGGCAACCUG